ACCCCACCCCCUUCUCUCCCCUAACUCUUCCGUUCAUCCCGUGUAGGCCUGGAAGUGGGUCUUCUUGCGGGGAAAGCAGAGGGAGAGGCGAGGCCGCAGCGUCGGAUUUCUCGAACACACACUCCCGUGUGGCCCGGCAGCAUGGGGGUGACAUGUGUGUCUCAGAUGCCUGUGGCUGAGGGUAAGAGUGUCCAGCAGACCGUGGAGCUCCUGACCAGGAAGUUGGAACUGCUAGGGGCAGAGAAGCAGGGGACAUUCUGCGUGGAUUGUGAGACCUACCACACAGCAGCCUCUACCAUGGGCAGCCAAGGCCAGGCUGGGAAGCUGAUGUAUGUGAUGCACAACUCAGAAUACCCUCUAAGCUGCUUUGCCCUCUUUGAGAAUGGCCCCUGCCUCAUUGCCGACGCAAACUUUGACGUGCUCAUGGUGAAGCUCAAGGGCUUUUUCCAAAAUGCCAAGGCCAACAAGAUUGAGACCCGUGGCACUCGAUACCAGUACUGUGACUUCCUGGUUAAAGUGGGCACUGUCACCAUGGGACCCAGCGCUAGAGGCAUCUCUGUGGAGGUGGAGUAUGGCCCUUGUGUGGUGGCUAGUGACUGCUGGAAUCUGCUUUUGGAGUUCCUGCAGAGUUUCCUGGGCAGCCACAAUCCAGGGGCACCAGCAGUAUUUGGGAAUAGACACGACGGGGUAUACGGUCCUGCUGACACCAUGGCCCAAUAUAUGGAACUCUUCAACAAGAUUCGAAAACAGCAGCAGGUGCCUGUGGCUGGGAUCCGUUAGUGUUUGGGGAGCUGCAGAGUGAUUGGUGUUGCCAGGUGACUCCACAGGAGAUGAAGGUGGUUCACCCCAGCUCUUGAUCCCUGGAACUCAGAACAGAAAGGCCAGGCUUCUUGUCUUCCUCUGAACUUACAACUGUGGCUUCUGUGGGGCUUUGCAUUCCCUCCACCAGCACACACAUGCUCGAGAGCAUGCGUGCACGUGUGCAUACAUACACACACACACACACACACACACACACACAAGAUCCUCUUCCCCCUCACCCAUGUAAAAAUGGUCUUAAGAUGAGCCUUGUUGCUCUUGACCUAUUUUGGGGGUAAAAGAUGGAGAAAUUGGAGCUUUUCCCUCAUCUUUCAGGAAGACAGGCCAGGGGGUAGUAACCUUGCUUUGCAACUGCCAUCAGCUUCGUGACUACUGUGGCCUUGGCCCAAUUUCCCAUUUGGAUGGGCUGUUUUUAUGUUCUGAUCAUUCUAUAAUAAAAGCUUGUUCCUUUGGUCUAAGGAUAUGGCUGGGUUUCUGUCAUGGAGAUGGGUAUGGGAGUCUCAGUAUCCUCACUGUAUUCUUGUUUGUGUUCUUAUGAGUUUUGCUGAAGUGAUUGAUGAAUUGGCUAGCCUGGGGUGUUUGCUGAUUUGCCUUUACUCUCUCCCUCUUGGGGCUUGGAAGUUGUCCCCAGUAGUGUUUGUUCUUGGCAGCUGUUUUGCAGUUUUUCUUUGCAGUCUUGGUGUGCCUAUGAGAUGAUAGGCAGGGACACCUGAGCUGUUUCAUAAAUCACUUCCUUUAUAGCUUCAUUCUAAUGACUGGGAAAUGAAUCUGGCCUCAUUUAUGCUAACAUCAAAACUAAGUAUCUUCUUAAUUUAUCUUGGCUUAAAGUUUAUGUGGAUAAAUAAAGGGAUUUUCCUCAUCUUUCCCCCACCUUUUCACCUUUAGAUAGUCCGAGUACAACCUAUAUUUUUAUUCCCUUCUCUUCUUUCAUCUUCUCAUCUGUAACUAGUCCAUGGGAAACUUGGAAACUACCAGGGUCCCCACUAAUUCCCAGGCCAGAAUUGGAUACAUUAGGGAGUACUGCAGACAGCUUAGCCUGGAAAAGACAAGAUUUAGGGAGAAUGUGAUAAUUAUCUUCAGGGUUUGAAAGGCUAAAAUGUAGAAGACACAUGGAUUAUAUUUGUUUUGCUUGAUUUCAGAAAAUAAAACUAGAAACAAGAGAUAAAAGGAAUUUCAAGAAGACCGAUUUCAGUUUAGGGAAAAAACUUUCUGAUAAUUAGAGGCUAUCUAAAAAUAAAAAAGACUGCAAGAGGAGGCUUGUUCUCUCUCUUGAGGAGGAAAAACUUGAGCAGAAACUCCAGGACCUUUUGUCAGGUAUGCUGUGAAGGCUAUUCUUGCUUAUGUUUGGGCUGGACUAAGCUCGCUCCCCCCUCCCCCCAAGCCCAUGAGCUUGUGAUUCUUUGAAUGUAAAAUACAGAAGAGACCUUAGAAAUAAUUCAGUUCAACUCCCAUUUUUAUAGAAGAGGAAAACAGCCCAUGUUAUCAAAUGAGUGGGGGGAGUUUUUCUGUCUAAUGAGUUUUCUACUGUAUUCUUUUUAGUUUCCUGUGGCAGUCCUUGCUUUGACUAGUUUUUCUUUAGUUUUUAUUUUUUGUUGUUGGUAUAGACCCAUCUAAUGGCAAAUCUGCAGAAAUGGCAAGCUAAGCAUCAGAUGCUUAUUUUAGACUUUUAUUUCUUACCUGUUAAUCCACUACUUAUAAAUAUUGCAUCAACAAUCCUACCAUUAUAUGGUUUGCAGAAAUUAUGUGUCUUUUGGGUCCAUUAGAUCCCAUGCAACCUUCCAGAAUCACUGAAUGUCAAAACAGGAGGGGAGCCUAAAAAUCAUCUAAUUCUGUCUAGUUCCACAUUUUUGUUAUAUGGAUAAGGACCCUGACACACUGGGAUUAAAAUCACACUGAGAACUAAAUACUUACAUGUGAUGGAUGAUGGAAUUUUCUGAUAUUAAAAAUAUGUAUAGGUGAACUUAUUUUAAAUAUUUUAUUUUUAUUAUUAUUAUUUUAAAAAAAUUUUAAAAAAUUAUUUUAAAAAAUUGAAAGUGUUCCUCUGAUUUCUGGGAGCUUACUAGAAUCAGCCCUGGAUUUGGAGUUGGGACCCAAUUAUGAAUCCUUAUUAUUGCCUCUCACUAAUUUUGGAAAAUUGCUUAACCCUUCUUUGAUUUAGUUUCCCUAUCUGUAUGAGGAGGAGGUUGGUCUCUAAGGCACCUUUCAAAUCUGAAUUCUAGGAUUCAUAGCCUUUCCUCUCUUGCCCUGUGAGUUUCUUAGACUUGAGGAUAUUUGUUUAUGCCUGGAAUUCCAUGACUUGACUUCUUGAAAAUGUUAAGUAAUAUUCCCAUGUGGGAAAUUUCUCCUGUGACUGGGGAAGUUGAUAAAGGUCUAGCUCCCAAAGAAGAUCUUUUCUCCAUCAUGUUCCUGUCUGUCUACUUUUCCAAUGACAAGAUCAUCACACACAAGAAGAAAUCUGUUCAUUUCUACCUUGAAUAUGAAACUUGAGGUUGCUUGAGCAUGCUAACUGGGGGAAUAGUUUGUUUUGCUUUGAAGGUUAGAGUAUGAAAAAGAGAAGAGUCAGUGAAAGAAAAAGCCAAAGUGGCAGAUUUGUUGAAUGAAUGAAGAAGGAAGGAAUGAAGCAAGCUGCACUGUGCUAAGCUUUUGGGAUACAAUUAUCUUUUAUUUAUCUAAGGCCUGCUAUAUUCAAGAAGAUACAAAGUUUCUUCCCCUUCCCCCCCCCCCAAAAAAAAAAAAAAAAAAGGAAA